UCUCUGGCUGAUGCUGAGCCCGGCGCCCGGGGUGCUGUUGCUAUGAGGCUGCUGGCCGGUGCCGGUCUGUGCCUGGCCCUGGCCGCCCUCGCCCUGCUAGCUGUGGCGCUGUGCACCGAUCACUGGUACGAGACGGACGCCCGCAGGCACCGGGACCGCUGCAGGAAGCCGGGGGGCAAGCGGAACGACCCAGGUUACAUGUACACCCCAGGCCAGCACCUGCCCCUCCGCAGCGGGCUCCGCAGGAGCGCACGGGGAGAGGAGCAAACCCCCCGGGGAGUCCGCCUCAUAUCAAGGGUGGGGGAAACCAGCAGGGGGGAAAGGACCCGGAGCCUGCCCCCUUCUCGACCCUACCUGGCGGGGGAUUCUCACUGCAGCCGCCGAUUCAACUCUACCGUGUCUGGGCUAUGGAGGAAAUGUCACCGGGAAGGCUUCGACAAGGACACAGAAGAGCUCAUAGUGAAAGGAAUUGUAGAACGCUGCACUACUGUCAGAUAUCAUUACACGUCAUCCUCCCUGCCUGCCAACCUGCCUAUCAACGUCACCAAGACUAUCCGUCAGGACGAGUGGCAUGCCCUGCAUCUCCGUCGUAUGACUGCUGGCUUUAUCGGGAUGGCUGUAUCAAUCAUCCUUUUUGGGUGGCUGAUCGGAGUGCUGGGAUGCUGUAAACAACAUGAUCUAAUGCAGUAUGUGGCUGGCCUGCUUUUUCUCAUGGGAGGAACCUGCUGUAUCAUCUCCCUCUGCACCUGCGUAGCAGGAAUAAAUUUUGAACUUUCGCGAUAUCCGCGUUCUGUAUAUGGACUCCCUGAGGACAUCAGCCAUGGUUAUGGCUGGUCAAUGUUCUGCGCUUGGGGUGGGUUGGGUCUCACCCUUCUCUCCGGAUUCCUCUGCACUCUAGCACCAUCAUUGAGCGCUUCCCAGUCCGCAGUACACAAACCUCGGCAGGAGAAUGGUGCUGUCUGACUCAGAGGACUGCAGGAGAUGACCCCUUAAAGCCCAGGAGGGGACACACAAAAAAAAAUAAGACUGAGGCAUUCUUGUCUUGCUACGGAAGUUGUUCUGUUUAACGUUUGUUUGGUCUGACCAUGUGGUUGCUUGUGAAACUUGCAGAAGUUUGAAUCUCAUGUUAUCAAUGGGAAUUGUUGGACAGUGAUUCAGAAAGCAAGAAGGGGAUAACUCAUUAACUGCUUGAGAGCUGAAGCCAUCUGAACCUUCAGUAAAGCUUUGGAAGAUGUCUUAUCUAAAUGUUGCAGGUUAUACCGUCCAAAAAUACCUGCACAGAGUGAGCCAGGAGUGUAGUACUUUUCUUUCUAGUAGUAAUUUCAUUGCAGCCUGUUCUAGUUAAAGCUUCUACACUCCUUUGUAUAAAGAGGCCCUUGGGGUGUAGAGCAGCUACCAGGCGUUGGCUAAGGAUAUCAGUAUUUUGGAGUUUUGUAUACAUACAUAUAAUAUGACCAGUCCCUGCUUUUUACAUGUUUUAAUACAAUCCACAACAAUACCGCCUUAUACUUACACAUUUAAUUUCUAAUCCCAGAGUUCUAUAUCAAACACCCUUGAGAUUAGUGCCUUGGCACACAGCAGGAGUAAGGCUGACAUUAGAUCCUUACCAACCUCCUGCAGUGCCUUCCUGUAGGCAGCAUGUGCCUACACAACCUCAGGCUCCACCAGAGAUCCUUCAGGGGUGAAGUUGCAGCGGCAGGCACUCAAGGGGGUCAGGUCACCAGCUAAGGGCCCCAACCACUUGGACAUAACUGAAAUCCCAUUAGGGAUGGGGGCUCAUGAGGGAAGGGUGGGAUGAGGGAAGAUUGUCAUAACUCACCUGUUCAGGUGACUUACUGUACAUGUGAUUUCAUCACUACAAUAAAGCACAUGAUAAAUGG